GCAAGAAAGAUAUUGAACAACUUUUGACUACCAAUCCAAAUGUCUUUAAACACUGUAAACUUGAAAUAGAAAGACACGACCAGGCGUGUGCCAGGCCUCUUGAUGAACCAAUGCUCUCUAUCAAAAUCUAUGGAAGAGAAAAUGUGGGCAGAUCUUUUCCUGGAGAUGAAGUCUGUGUAGAGAUCUUGAGCAGAGAAAUGUGUCCGCGGCAAGGUAAAGUGAUAAAAGGGAGGGUCGUUGGAUUAAUAAAUAGAAAUGAAAACUCAUUAAGCUUCAUCUGUAAGAUGGUGGAAGACAAUCCUGCAUAUGUUAUACCCAUUAACAAAUGCAUGACCAUAAUACGUACAGUUCAAAAGAAGGACAUGGGCAAAAUUGAAGUACGACACUACAAUAGCGUACGCUGGGUUAGAAAGGAGUUUGUAGACAUAGCUGAGAAUCAAUUGUUAGUUGUCAAGGUUUUAAAAUGGGACAAUCUGAAAACAUUCCCUCUUGGUGUGGUUACAAAAGUAAUUCCAGUGAGUAGUGCGUUGCGUGAAAUGCUAUGCAUUGAACUUGGCUCUAAAGACACACCACCACCAUUCAAACUACAAGAACCUGAAGAUGAUGAGGCUUUAGAAAGGGAGGAUUUGUGUGACAUUAUCACUUUCACCAUUGACCCAACUACAGCUGAGGACCUGGAUGACGGCUUUAGCGUGACUGAGCUUCAACCGGGUGAUUCCUACCAGAUUGGUGUUCACAUCACAGACGUCGCAAGUUACAUCACCAAAGAUAGCGAGCACGACAAAUUCGCUAGAGAGCGCGGCAGAACAAUUUACACUUCAGAGAAGGAAGACGUGGGCUUCAUGUUCUCAAGAGAUCUGAGCAAUGACUACUUGAGUUUGACGCCAAGUAAACCUCGGAAAGCCAUAUCCUUGCUGAUAGACGUUGACAAGAAAACGAGCGUAAUACUAAACAGCCGGUUUGCUCUAACCCGCAUUAAGUCUGACAGACGGAUGUCGUAUGAAGAGGCAGACCAAAUUAUUGAGAAGUACCUCUACUCGGAUGACACAAAGCCUCUGCGGGUCUCAUGUGUGGAGGAUUGUGUAGCUAUUGCUUACCGUUUCUCCGAGGUGCACCGAAAAUGCAGACUGGAAGGCGAAUGGCCAUAUGGGAGGCGGGCAGGGCAAGGUUACUCUCACCCCAUGGUGGAGGAACUAAUGAAUCUCUACAAUAGUGCCGCCGCUGAAGAACUCAUAUCUACAGACGUCACACAAGAUCUCACACCACUGAGGUGCCAACGCGAGCCGGACCCAGAAAAACUGAAACAGUUUAGAGAGAAAUACAUGAACCUAAUUCCCAUGUCACUUUACUUUUCAAAUAUCUGCGAAGUAGAUAGUGAAAAUAGUGCAGAGGAUGUUUGGUCCAAUGCAGAAUGUGACAAUAUGGAGCAUGCAGGAAUAUCAUUGAACAUUUUCACCUCCAUAUUUCACAAGAUGGAAGCGUUUGCACAGAGAAAAGACUACUAUAAUCUGAUGCAGUUGAUUUUUUCAGAUGAAAUCCAUCCGACAUUUAUCCCGAUGGUGCGGGAGUUUCGUGAGAUUCAGAAGAAAGCCUUCAUACUUCGCUCGUGCUCCUCGGUAGAUUCCAGGUUGGGCCACUAUGAUUUACAGCUUAACGCAUACACCUGGGCGUCAUCUCCUAUGAGGCGUUAUCUGGACCUCAUCUUGCAGAGACUUCUGCACACUGUGCUCUCUAAGAAAAUCCUUAUGCAAACUGACUACACGCAAGUUGAAAUCAACAGGUUUUGUCAGUCUGGAAUGGAUGCAGAAGAGGAGGAUGCCCAGCUGUUGAGACUGAUAAAUGUUCAGUUUGAACCCAAAGAUGUGGUCAAGCUCGCAGUAGUGGACCAGAUCACUCCGCAGGGGCAUGAAUUCACAAUAUCGUUCCCUCUGCAUCCUAUGUUAGCGGUGAUUACUAUCAUGUACAAGCAUCUCAAAGUUGUGGAUCAGCCAAGAUACAAUGAGGACGAGAACUCCAUGACUCUUCAUUGGAAGAGGAGAGUGUAUUCGUUCAGCAAAUCAUUCAAGACUUCAGACCCUUCAAAGCCCAUGAAGAAUGUGACUCCAGUGUCAAGUAUACUGUGGAAAAGACUGGGAUCUGCCGUAAAACAGCAGGAUUGGGUUAAGACCGAGCAAUGCCUCCGAGACAUGAAAAGAGGGGAGAAUGAGAAUGAAGAAAAUAAAAGGGUGGAAAGUGAGGCUAGUUCAGUGGAGCAACAACACUAUAAGAAACAAACUAUGGAGUUGGAGUUAGGCACGGUUGUUCAGGUGCAACUUGGGCCCGAACUUAAAGAUGGCUUACCAGUUCCUGUAGUUCUGCUGCUCAGCAUUAAUGAAUGCUUUGAGAUCUGUUUGGAGCACACGAGAAACCCCACUGUGUGCUUCUCAAAACCGGACUGCAUUGCGUCUAAGACUAUCUAUAACAACUACAAGGAGUACCAGGAAAUCUGGAUACGACUAUGCCAGAUAGACACCGCUUACAAUGCUUUGGAAGAAAACAAUAAUGUCAUCUUAGAGGAUGUGCGGAUAAAAUGGAGCGGGGAUGAAACAAAUCUCCAAGGGUCUUUUUAUAUAACCAAGACUCAAAAAAAGGAAUGGUCUCUGGAGUUUGACCUUAGGAACUGCUUCUUGUGCAUCAGACUAAGACACCAGAAACCACAGAACGAUAACGCAAAACAGUCGCAUGGUUCUGCAGUUUCAGAUCUGCAGGGUUCCCUGCCUUUCACAUGGGUUGCACACGCAGUAACCAGCAAACCAAAGAAACAGAAGGCUACAGACAAUAACGACCGGAUUCAUUUUCAGAUCACACAAAGAUCUAUGAGUUACAUCCCACCCGAGGUUAAUGCCGAGGGAACCAAAUUCACCAUUGAGGUCAUUCCCAAAAAAAUUCCAUUUGUGCUCAGGGAACAAGCGAUUGCAGACCUAAAACUGGCUAAUAACCUGGUGAAAAAUGUCGCCACUAGACAGCACCUUGAAGAACUGAAUGAUGAUGCUGAUGUAGAAAAUUUCGACUUGUACGAUGUGGACGAGAGCCUGAACCUGCCAGUUCUGAAUAAGAGCCAGCAGAAAGCUGUUGAGGAAGCUAUGAAGAAACCUUUCACUGUGAUUCAAGGCCCACCAGGGACAGGGAAAACAGUGGUUGGUAUUCACAUUGUUUACCAGUUUUUCAUGAAGAACAAAGACUUUCUGGCCACUUCUGAAUCCUCCAAAUCAACCCCUGAUCAGAAACCCCCCAAAAAGCCUGCUAUCCUGUACUGUGGACCUUCGAACAAGUCUGUGGACAUUGUUGCAGAGCAGCUGCUAAAACUCAGGGGAGUCCUAAAGCCUCUGAGAAUCUACUGUGAUCAGAUGGAAAUGCGUGAAUUUCCAUAUCUGGGCAGUGACCUGAAGCUUUGCCGCAGAUCCCUCCGUGAUGACAAACCGAACGAGGAGCUCAGGGAUAUUAAUCUGAUGUACCUCGUCCGUGAACCUGACAAUCCUUUUUCAAAAAAAAUUAAAACCUUGGAAGAGAGCUUAACAGAGGAUGAAAUAGAUGCGUACAGGAAAAUGUUGAAGGAAGCUCAUCAGCAUGAGAUCAGGAAGUGUGAUGUAGUUCUGUGCACCUGCGCUUCAGCACUGAAACCCGAGAUCCGGGAGGUCAUGGAUUUCCGGCAGAUACUCAUUGAUGAAUGUGCCAUGGCGACAGAGCCAGAGGCCUUCAUCCCUUUAGUUUCCUACAAACCACAGCAGAUUGUUUUGCUGGGUGACCACAAACAGAUUCGGCCGAUAGUGCAGUGUGCCCUAGUGAAAAAGAUGGGCAUGAGGCAGUCUCUGUUUGAACGCUACAUGGAUCUGGCCAUAAUGUUGGACACUCAGUACAGAAUGAAAGAAGAAAUUUGCAGGUUUCCUUCAGAAGAGUUUUAUGAUGGCAAACUGAAAACAAGAGCUGAACGAGGACCCCCCGUCCUUCUUAACAAGAGAGGACUGCCGACGCCCAUCUUGUUUGGCCACGUCCAAGGAGAAGAAGUCAGUUUAGUGGUGUCUACAAAAAAGGGCAACGAGAACUCAAUGGCCAACACUGAGGAGGCAGAGCAGGCUGUUGAUGUGGCAGAUCUGUUGAUCAAAGCACACGUGCCACCUCAGAAUAUUGCAAUUCUGACCCCUUACAACGCACAGAUGUCAGAGAUCAAAAAGACAAUGCAGAAGAGAGAUAUUACAAAUGUCACCGUUUGCACAAUUAUGAAGAGCCAAGGAAGCGAGUGGCCGUAUGUGAUCCUCUCCACUGUUCGCUCCUGCCCCGUGUCUGACAUAGAAAGCUACACACCAAGUAAUGUCUGGCUAGGGAAAAGACUCGGAUUCAUCACUGAUCCAAAUCAGGUCAAUGUUGCCAUAACUCGUGCACAGGAUGGACUGUGCAUUCUGGGUAACAGUGAGCUGUUGAGAUGCUGUAAACUUUGGGAGAGACUCCUGGAUCACUAUAACAAACAGAGCUGUGUGGUGAAUCCAGCGAGUGACAUCCAGGUCAAAGCGCUGCCGAAAAGAAGACGGAAACAGAAAAACCUCUGAGUGUCAUGGCAGGGGAUAAAGUAUGGAAGCUUUUUUCCGCCACUGAAUAAAAAAAUAAUAAUAAUAAUUGCGACUUUUUAUCUCACAAUUGCGAGAUAUGAAGUCAGAAUUGUGAGAAAUAAAGUCGCAAUUGCGAGAUAUAAAGUCGCAAUUCUGAUAAAUAAAGUUGCAAUUGCGAGAUAU